AUGGCAAUGAACACAUCUAUGGGUUUAUCACCUUUUCAGUUAGUCUGUAGGAAAGCAUGUCAUUUGCCAAUGGAGACGGAGCAUAAAGCUUUGUGGGCUCUUAAAUUUUUGAAUUUUGAUCCUCAUGAAACUCAGAACAAGCGCAGAAGAUUGAAGCUUUUUCCUAGAAAGUUGAAAGGUGUGCGUCAACAUGGAGCAAUUGAAUUGGUUGAUCUGGUUGCUGGUGAUCCACAGAGAAGCUGGGUAGUGAAUGGACAACGUCUCAAGCAUUAUCUGGGAGGAGAAGUGGAACGCUUGUCCACAGUGAUGUAG